AUGCCAGACGUUGCCAAAUUUCCUGGUCUAUCCUGGAAAUGUGAGAGUUGUUCAAAGAAAACAGGUGAAUUAGGCGGAGAAGAAACUUUUGCUGCUAAUUUGAUUGAGAAAUUGAACUUCAUAAUGUCUGAUAUCAAAGAUAUUAAAACCAAACAAAACGAUAUAGUUGCCUCUAUGGAGUAUUAUGGAGCAAAAAUUGAUGAUUUUUCUCAUAAAAUGGAAGAGUUCGAUUCGAUAGUCAAAUCUAUUCCAAAGAUAGAGAAUAAAGUCGUGCUGAACACUUCUGAAAUUGAUAUACUGAAAUCAAAUAUCAACAGCUUAGAACAACAGAUGAGAAGUAAUAAUAUAAUUAUAAACGGAAUUCCUGAAUCCAAAAAUGAGAAUGUUAUUGAGAUAGUUGAGAAAGUGAUUGUUACCCUAGGAGUUAAUGAGGCUCGCACAAUCGAGAGUUGUUACAGGGUACCUCAGAAAGACCAAUCUCGCCAAACUCCAAAGGGGAUACUGGUAAAAUUUGCUCUCAAAUCACAGAAAACGAAUGUUAUCACUGCAAUCAGGAGAAUGAAAGGAAUUACUACAGGAGACAUCGGAUUUGAAGGUAAUAAUAACAAGAUCUUCAUCAACGAUCACUUGACACCACGUAACCAAUUGCUGUAUAAAAAUACCAGGGAGAUUUGCAAACAAAAAAAUGUUUCGUGUUGGACUCGCGAUUGUAAGAUAUACUUACGGGAUCCGAAAAAUGCGAAGCAAAUUCAUAUUGAUAGCGAAGAUGCUCUUCAUGAAAUAAUCAAGGCCUUUGGAAAAAACUAG